GGCAGGAGCUGGCUACAUCUCAGGGGUUGUGGUGGAGGUGACAGGAGGAUUGGAGCGGCCAGUGGAGGCUUCCCCAGCCCCCGGCCCCCGGACCAUGUCCCGCCGCAAACAAGGCAGCAAACCGCAGCACCGCAGCGAACUGAGCCGUGAGGACGCGGAGUUGGUUGAGGUUUCGAGCCAGAAGGUUGCCAUGGCGCCCCAGCCCGGCCUACGGAACCAGGACCUCCUGACCUGUGGGCAGUGUGGCCGCAAUUUCCUGCUUAGCAACAUCCUCGGCUUUAUUGAGCACAAGAGAAGCCGCUGUCAGCGGCUUGUCCACCUCCGAGACUCACACGGGGACCCGCGCUCCCCACUCGCCGACCAGCAGGCAGAGGUGGACCCUCUGGUGACCCGCGAGGGCAGGCAAAUAGCAAGCAUGUCAGAGAUCGGAACGCAGGAGAGUACUGUGAGAGAUGAGUUGGAGCCGGCUUAUUACAUCUGCACCUCGUGUGAAGAACCCUUCUCCAGCGCCAGGGUCCUGCUGCGUCAUGCCCAGUACCACCACGGCCUCCACAUCUACUUGGAACUGGAUGACUCGGAAAGGAUGGGCGUCUCACCCUCGUCCGGCACUGACCAGCCCCCGGCCGCCGCCGUCCCCUCCGUCCCCUUCGAGGGGCCUCAGUGCCCCGAGGCCCGGUUCCGCGGCCUCUCCCCCACCGGCUCCUUGCUGUUCACCCCUCCCCUCCGCUGCCCGCCGGAUUACAGCGACAGCGGCUCCGAGGAGGCCAGCAACCCCGCCCCGCCCCCCACCGCGGAGCCGGCCUUCCCCCGCCGGCCGCCGGGGAAGGAGAUGGACUUCUCCCGGCGGCUGCGGAAGCUCGCGGGCGGGAUCGGGGCCUCCUCCCGGCCGCCCUCCCCCUCCCCGCCCCCACCCCCCGCCGGCUCCUUUAGGCCCCACGGCCGCAGCAAGGAGUGCGAGUUCUGCGGCAAGAGCUUCAAGUUCCCCAGCAACCUGGUGGUGCACCGGCGGAGCCACACGGGGGAGAAGCCCUACCGCUGCCCCUUCUGCGACCACGCCUGCAGCCAGUCCAGCAAGCUGAAGCGCCACAUGAAGACCCACCUCAACCACGCCGGCGUCUUCAACGGCUGGGCCAGCCCCCCGCCCGAGGGGGCCCUCAAGGAGGAGAGCUACCGGCACCGCGCCUGCCCAGCGCUCGGCCAGGAGAACGGCGCCCGCGAGGACGUGGACGGACGCGCCAGGCCCCAGAGCCGGGGCUAUUCGGCUGUCGGCGUCAGCGCGCUGCUGGCCGGGCAGGACGACCUCGACUUGAAGAUUAAAGUCCUAAAGGAGGAGCCAGAGUUGGGUGAGGACCUGCAGCCCGGGGACCUCAAGGGGCAGUCGGACUGUGAGGGGAAUGAGGCCCUGUCCGAAUCGGAACGCUUCAACACGGAAGGGGAUGUCGACUUUGCCGACGGUGAAACCGAGCCUGCCAGGGCCUCCCCACCGCCGCCGGGCCUCGCCAACGGCUUUGGCUUCCACUCCAAGCGGCUCCUCGGGCCUCCGGCUGGCCCCAGCUUCCUGCGGGUGCCCCUCAAGCCGGUCAAGGCCGAGAAGGACCUCCUGUCGGAGGAGGCCAGCCGGAACUUCUACUCCCGGUGGCUGGCCGACUGCGCGGCCUCCCGGAAGCCGCCGGGGGGGCGCCCCCCCUCCUCCUCCGCCGCCGCCCGGGCCUCCCCGUCCUCCGAGAACUCGGGCGAGAACGCCGGCUCCUGCUCCUCCAGCCCCCCCCGGGAUGCCUCGGCGGACAGCGGCACGGCCAGCGGGCACAGCACGCCGAAGCGGGUGGGCCUCGGGCGGGGGGGGGGAGGAGGAGACGGCCGGCGCCGCAACACCUGCGAGUUCUGCGGCAAGACGUUCCGCAACGCCAGCAACCUGACGGUGCACCGGCGCAGCCACACCGGCGAGAGGCCGUACCGCUGCGAGCUCUGCAGCUACGCCUGCACCCAGAGCAGCAAGCUGACUCGCCACAUGAAGACGCACAUGCAGCCGGGCAAGGAGGUCUUCCGCUGCAACACCUGCAACAUCCCCUUCAGCAUCUACAGCACCCUGGAGAAGCACAUGAAGAAACGCCACAGCGAGCACCUCCAGGAGCCCCAGCUAUCCAACUAAGGGGGCCGUCACCCACCAGGUUUAUUGGGCGGCUUUGGGGUGUGUACAAGGCCUGAACGGACCCUCCCCCCCCUCCCCCCCACCCCCCAAUAGGGAAAAGUGGGAGGGUGGGGGGGGCAUUAGGUGGAGGGUGUAGUAAGGAAAAUUUCUCUGGUCAUUCUGCGCAGAAGUACAAUCCCUGGGCCAAAUGGCCUGUUCCUACAUUGCUAAAAUCUGAUAUGGUUCCCGUACAGAGGAAUUUUCCUCCCAUUCUCUCUCCCAGUGUUUUUGGUGUUUGAAGUUUUAGUAGGCAUUCCAAUCUUGACCAUAGCAACAGGGGUGGGGUGGGGUGGGCAAGCCCCUUGGCAACCAAGACCCAAGUGAUACCUCGAGACUCUUUGUCGGUCAGUUCUUGGUUCGCAUGUGUUUCCUGAGGCUGGAUUAUGUUAUCUCUGGUGAAUGGACGGGCGAAGCAGGGGUAAGGUGAUGAGCGAGCGGUGGGUAGUGUUGGGGAGGAGGAAGGGGUAUGGAUAAAGGAGAGGAGGUGAAGGUCUGGGGGGGGGGGUGAGCAAUGUGUCCAACGCGUCGGCGCAGCCAAUGGGAACGCCGGGAGGGAGAGUCUUCAGCCAGAGGAGCUGAACUCGAACGUCCUGUGAGAGCAUUUUUCUUUAGUGUCACUUUUCCUUGUUGGCAAUGAGGAGCGAGGCAUCGGCUCACCACUCCAAGGAAGUGCCUUAAAAGCUAGACAUGCCCGCGUGCAAACUCCACGGGUGGUCUCCACACUGGACAAGAGACAAUGGCAGAGAGUGACCCACGCAUGUGCCAGCGCAGUGCCGUGGCAAGUGCCCAGGGCAAUGGCUGAGUUCCCUCCUCACCUUCUGCUGGCUUGUAUGGUUACCAACCUUGGUCGGACACAUCCCUGGAACCUUCCACCUCCAAUUGCUCCCCCUCCCGCACCCUCAUUGGCUUCCUGACACUCACUCCUCCCCUUCCCCACCCCCACUAAUGACAGGCCUUUCCAAGUUUGGAAUUGGUUCUGAUGCACUCCAAGGCGGAAUAGCCAAGGCUCAUUGUCAAGACUCACACGUGAAGAAAGGCCCGUUGGAUAGGACAGUGAAAAGGGGGAUGGAUAUCUCAGUCCCAGUGAUCACGGAGCUUGUUGCCCCUUCUUUCAAAGUGACUUUCAUGUUAGCGGGUCCCCCUUAUGGGUCAGAAGCGAAGCCCCCUCUCCCCUUAGGCCCCAGGUAACAGACUGAGGCUGCCGCAGAGGGUAUCUGCCUCGGCCUAGCUCUCAUCCUGUGCUGCCCCUCGUGACCCAUCCCCAGGGUCUCGAACUCCUGUCAGCUCCUUUAGGAGGGAGACCCGGGUUGGUGGGAGGGAACGCCCACCUGCGAAUGGGCAGUGCAGUUGGAGGUGCCCACCAUUUUCUCACUGCACUGGGUUAACUUUGUGGGGACCUGGCCCCCUUAUGCCAUUAGAGCCACAGGGAAGAAACCAACUGGGGUGGCAAGGGUGGGAGGAGGGGGUCAGAGUUGAGAGUCACCAACUGAGGCACCUCAUUUGUGGAUAGGGUCACUGGCUCUUCCCUUGUGACUGGUAUUUUAUGCUGCCCUUUUCACAAUCUAACCAACAGGAGGAGGCCAUUCAGCCCCUCAAGCCUGCUCUGCCAUUCAUUUAAAUCAUGCUGCACCUGUAUCUACAUUACAGCCCUUUCAUUGGUUGUGGGACAUCCAGAGGUUGUGAAAGGCGCUAUAUAAAUGGAAGACUUUUACCUUGACUCCAUUUGUCUGCCUUUGCUCCGUAUCCCUUGAGAUUCAUACCCAACAAAAAUCCAUCCAUUUCAGCCUUGGAAGUUCCCAUUGACCCCUGGCCACCCCACCCCCCCCGCCCAACCCCCAGCCACACACACACACACAAACACCAGCAUUUUGAGGGAACAAGUUCCAAAUUUCCAGCACCCUUUGGUUGGAAAGACGUUUUCUGAUUUUACCCCAGAACAGCCUGAAUGUUGUGGAGACUGCGCCGCCUCCUGUGGUGGAUCUCCCCUCCCUGGAGAUGGCAGAGAUGAUGCCGAGGUGAUCUCUGUAAUUCCGUUCAAGAAUCCAGCACACGAGGUCCAAUCACCUUUGACACAGCCUGCAGCAAUUUAACUUUGGUUACUCUAUCUACCCUGUUCAUGACAACAAUUUGCAUUGGCGUAGCCCCCCCCCUCCCAAUGUCCCAAAGCGCUUUACAGGAGUGUUAUCAACCAAUCUAAUGCUGGGCCACUUGAGGAGACCAUAAGACAUAGGAGCAGAACUUCGGCCAUUCGGCCCAUCGAAUCUGCUCCGCCAUUCAAUCAUGGCUGAUGUUUCUCAACCCCAUUCUCUAACCUUUGAUCCCCUUACCAAUCAA